AUGGGUCAGGCACCAUCCUCACCCGGACCAUUGGGUACGAAGUUCCGGGUUAUCGGAGCUGGAAUGUCUAGGACAGGCACCAAAACUCUGAACCAGGCGCUUACGAUUCUUCUCGAUGGACCAGUCCACGAUUCGGGCAUCCAAUCACUCGGAGGCUCAAUACACGAAAUGAAAACCUGGUUGGAGAUCAUGAACCUUGCCCCAAAGGCCAAGACAUUUGCCGAGCGUAAAAAGCUGGAUUGGUUGUUCUCCUCAAUACUGGAAGGCUAUGUUGCCACCAUGGAUUGCCCAGCUGCGACUCUCGUGCCCGAAAUCAUGAGGGUCUAUCCGGACGCCAUCGUGAUCGCGACAACGAGGGACCACAAGUCCUGGUGGAGAAGCAUGGAAUAUAUGAACAGUAUGAUGUCGACGUGGUACUUACCCAUCCUUGUGCUUUGGUUGCACAAGGCCCAAGUCUACGGGCUAUGGGCGGAGCGGUUCCAAUCCAUCAUGCUAUGGCGUUACGGAGACGAGCAGAUCGUCGAAGGUACCAUACAAAAGCACGAGGACCACCUGAGACGCGAGGUGCCGGCAGAGAAGCUGUUCUGGUAUGAAGUAAGCGAGGGCUGGGAGCCGCUGUGCCGGAUUCUUAACGUACCCAUUCCCAACCAGCCGUUUCCGCAUAACAACAGCAAGGACGACGCGAGGAAGGUAUUCCAGGAACACGUCAUAGCUGGGAAUCUGAGGGGUGUCUUUUUCGGGUAUCCUACGAAGAGUUACUAA